AACAUUAUAAUGUCUCUAUAUAUAAAAACCAACACAAACACAACAAGAAUCUCAACCAAGCCUUCUCUCUUUGAGUAUUUUCCUUAACGUUCCGCCAUGGCAGCCAUAGCCAGAGACGAGUCAGACUACGACAGCAGCUGCUCCUCCAUAACACUCCCAGACUCCACCCGUAGCUGGAUGAGCAACCUAAGCUUCGGCAGCAGCAGCAGCUCACCCACAGACGCCACUUCUCCAGUACAAAAGCCACACAAAGCCAACGAAGUAGCAUGGGAAGCGAUGCGGUGGCUCCGGGGAGCAAAAGGGGAGGUGGGGUUGGAGAAUUUCCGGCUUCUACGGCGGUUGGGGAGCGGAGACAUUGGGAAUGUUUAUCUCUGCCAGAUAAGGAAGCCGACGCCGACGGCGCGUGUCGGGCAGUGCUGCUACGCGAUGAAAGUGGUGGACAGAGAAGCGGUGUGUGUGAGGAAUAAGGAAAGAAGAGCGGAGAUGGAAAAGGAGAUCCUGAAAAUGAUUGAUCAUCCGUUCUUGCCCACGCUCUAUGCCGCGUUUGAAGCUUCGCAUUACUCUUGUUUGGUUAUGGAGUUUUGUCCCGGCGGUGAUUUGUACGCCGCUCGCCUCCGUCAGCCGGCGAAACGAUUCUCCAUUUCUUCUGCCAAGUUUUAUGCGGCGGAGAUAAUUUUAGCCCUAGAGUAUUUGCACAUGAUGGGCAUAGUUUACAGAGAUUUGAAGCCGGAAAACGUGCUGGUCAGACACGACGGUCACAUAAUGCUGUCGGAUUUCGAUCUCUGUCUCAAAUGCGACGUCGUUCCGAAGCUAAUCCGUUCCAGAACCACCGCCUCUGACGUCACCGAACGUUACGUCCGAUCUUACUCCACGUCAUCAACCACCUCCUGCGCCGCCGUCCCAAUUAAGCCAGUUCUCUCCUGUUUCUCCAUCUCCCGCCGCAGGAAACCCACCACCGUCACGACAAUCACCGAACACGUCGACGACGAUGGAUACAACGAGGAAUUCGACACGGAACCGGAAUUAGUAGCGGAGCCGAUCAAUGCUCGAUCGAAAUCCUUUGUCGGAACCCACGAAUAUUUGGCGCCGGAGGUUAUUUCCGGUCAAGGACACGGCAGCGCAGUGGAUUGGUGGACGGUGGGGAUUUUCUUAUACGAAAUGGUGUACGGAAAAACCCCAUUUAAAGGGGAAAACAAUGAGAAGACAUUAAUGAACAUAUUGAGACAGCCAUUGAGGUUUCCAAGAAUUGGGUUUAGUAGCAGCAAAGAGUAUGAAGAAAUGGUGAAAGUUGAGGAUUUAAUCAAGAAGCUUUUGGUGAAGAAUCCCAAGAAGAGAAUUGGAAGCUUAAAGGGUUCAAUUGAAAUCAAAAGACAUGAAUUUUUCAAAGGAGUGAAUUGGGCUUUAAUCCGCUCGGUUCGACCUCCCCAUGUCCCGAAUUCCGACCACCUUAAUCCCCGCUCCAAAAACCCUAAAUUGACCAAACAACAACGACAACAACCCUAUCAAAUCCCUUCUGACCGUUUCGAUUACUUCUGAAUCAACUUCAGGUCAUUUCUUAGUCUUUGUAUGUACAUAGACGAAAUUGAAAAGAAAAAAAAACGAGAAACGAGCAAAAGAUAUAUGUGUUUUGUUACGAGUGAUUCAGUAUUAGAUUAACGUGUUUGUACUUA